AUGAUGAUCAAGGCGCAACUCGUUCUGGCCACGCUGGGCGCUGCUCAGCAGGUCUACCUCGACGCCGAGGGCCCAACACCACGACCGCAGUGCAAGGCGACGAGGACUCGCGAGCCUGAAUACACCUUAACGCCUUUCAGCCACACUCUGACUGACACUGUGAGGUAUGCGACGUCAGUGCCGCCGGCCACAACGACCGAGACGUACGCCGAGCCGUCCGAGUCGCUGACCAGUCUCGUCACGUCCCUCUCUUACACGACAUGGGGCAAAUGGGAUCCUCGAGAUAACUCUACGGCCACUGCUGACGACUCGUCUGAUCCCUACGGCCAGGCGGCGUGGACUGCUCUGUGGCGACAUGCCAACCCCCCCAACUUUACCGAGACGUCCGUCUACUCGACGACCGUGUCGCCCACGCCGGUGCCCAGCAGCGAGCUCGUGCUGCCCCCGAGGGACUACUUUGGCCCGCAGGACUGCUACCACUUUCCGAAACACUUCCGCUUUGGGGUCUCGAGCUCUGCGAGCCAGAUCGAGGGGGCUACGGCCGACGAAGGCAAGUCCCCGUCGCUCAUGGAUAUUCUGGUCCGAGACGACCGGCCCAAGAGCUAUGUCACCAACGAGAACUACUACUACUACAAGCAAGAUAUUGAGCGGGUUGCGGCCAUGGGUGUCUCGCGGUACGCCUUCAGCAUCGCCUGGACCCGCAUCCUCCCCUUCGCGCUCCCCGGCACGCCCGUCAACCAGGCUGGCAUCGACCACUACAACGACGUGAUCAACUUCAUCCUGGAGAAGGGCAUGACGCCCGAGGUGACACUGCUGCACUUUGACACGCCGCUGCAGUUCUUCGGCAGCAACCUCAGCACGGCGGCGGAGCCGGCCGAGAUUGGCUACGUCAACGGGGCGUACCAGAACGAGACGUUCCCGGCGGCGUUUGUCAACUACGCCAAAAUUGUCCUGACGCACUACGCCGACCGCGUGCCCGUCUGGUACACGUACAACGAGCCGCUGCUGUACGCGAACAACGGCAAGUCGAUCGACCACGUGAUCAAGUCGCACGCCGAGGUGUACCACUUUUACAAGGAGCAGAUCAAGGGCACGGGCUUGGUGUCGCUGCGGCUCAACAACAACUUUGGCGUGCCGCGGGACCCGGACAGCGCCGCCGACGUCUACGCCGCCGAGCACUUCAACACGUUCCAGCUCGGGCCCUUUGCGAAUCCGCUCUUCCUCGGCGCCGACUACCCGGACUCGUACAAGCAGACCAUUGCCGACCACGUGCCCCUGACGGCCGCCGACCUCGCCUACCUCAACGGCACGGCCGACUACUUCAGCAUCAACCACUACACGGCGACGGUCGUGGCGCCGCCGACGCCCGGCGACGCCGACAGCGUGCGCGCGUGCGCCGCGGACGCCGGGCACCCGCUGCGCCCCUACUGCGUCCACCAGACGCAGGUCAACCGCUUCGGCUGGAACGUCGGCUACCGCUCGCAGAGCUACGUCUACACGACGCCCGUGUACCUGCGCAGCUACCUCGGCUACGUCUGGAACACGUGGCGCCGGCCCGUCGUCAUCACCGAGUUUGGCUUCCCCGUCUUUGCCGAGACGGACAAGGCCGCGCUCGCCGACCAGCUGUUCGACACGCCGCGGAGCAACUACUACCUGAGCUACCUGACCGAGGUGCUCAAGGCCAUCUGGGAGGACGGCGUGGAUGUGGCGGGGGCGUAUGCCUGGUCUUUUGCGGACAAUUGGGAGUUUGGUGACGGGGCGUCGAAUUUCGGCAUCCAGACUGUCAAUAGGACUUCGCAGGCGAGGAACUACAAGAAGAGCUUCUUUGAUCUCGUCGACUUUGUCAAGGCGCGCGGGGGAUAG